AUGCAGGAGAAGGCCAACUUCCAGAGGAACAAAUCGCGGGGCCUGAAAAAUGAACUGAGUCAAGCGCAAAUUAACCAAAGAAUUAAAAACAUCAAUUUGACCAAGCGGCUACUAUCGUAUGAGAGGUACAUUAAUGCUGUUCCAAAAGAAGAGAGAAGAGAAGAUAUGAAAAAUGAUUGGCACCCCGAGACUCCGCGCAUUAACAGGAAUCUCAGUUUGUCCCAGUGGAAUAAAGAAAUGAAAAAAUGGAGGAAGCAGGUACACGCGUGGGGGAACAUGUCUGAGGAGGUCUACAAAUACAUCUGUAAUUUGCUCGCUUCGGAGAGGUGUAAUUAUUUAUCCAAGUUAAAAUUGCCUGAACUGAGUCAGGUCGAAAUUGCAAAUUUGAAAAAAAAAAAUGAAGAAAUUGCAAAUAGGACGUUAAAGAAUGUUGUGCGUGCGGGAGAUGACCUCGAUCAGGAGGGCGACUAUGGUGGUGAUGGUGGGGGGGGGCACCCACGACCCCCUGGACGCAUACUCGAUAAGCCGCUUUUUUUUUUGCCUCACAAUUUCAGUGGCACCAUAUUAAACAACGAAUUUGUUGUUAUUAAACGGGAUGCAUUAGAGGAGUCGCUUCAAUCGUUGAGGACAAAUUAUCAGGGAAAAUAUCGCCCCCUGUAUGAAAAGUAUUGUGCCUUAUAUCUAACACCCAUCGGUGAUGAUAGCAACCACGGAGAGCAAUCCCAGACGAGCGACAUUGCCGUUUUUGCCAAGGGUGAGAAAGACGUAUCAGCUGAUGAUGUGAUGAAGACGUACAUGGAGAACCAAAAGGGGGAGGCCUCCCAGUAUCUUCGCCCAGUUGAUGUGAAAUCUACCACUAGGAGUACUUACUCGCGGGAUAAAAUGAAAAAAAGGUUUUAA